UCUUAUUUUUAAAAAAUGCUUAGAACAAUGUAUAUUUGUGUUAUUUUGAUAACUUCGUUAUUCAGUACCAUUCUAUGUGCAUCAAAUACAGAUUUCCAGUCAUUUCUAUCAGGAACGGAAUACACAUCUUACAAUAAAAAGAUUUAUCCAAAGGCAACACAAUCAGAUCAGAUGAUUGUUUCAAUGAAGUAUUCACUAAUUGCUAUAAAUAAGAUGGACGAAGCACAUGGACAAAUACAUUUAGUUGGAUUUAUAGAAGCAUCUUGGACCAAUGAUUUGUUGACGGGCUGGGCUGCUGGUAUAGAUGAAAUGAUGAUUGGUCAAGACAACGUUUGGUUACCACCUAUUUCCAUACACAAUACAGUUGAAACACUCCAAACCUUAGGUUACAGGAGUAAUAAAAUCCGAGUAAAUAAGGACGGAACGCACACAUGGAAAGUAGGAAUAGUAUCAAAGACUAGCUGUAAAAUUACGAUGUCACAUUAUCCUUUCGAUACACAUACAUGCCAGCUCCAGUUUACACCGUUAGGUUAUUUGGAAGAUCAGGUUAAACUUGAGAACUCUACCUCUGCAAUAGAGCUGACCUACUUCGCAGAAAACGUUCAGUGGUGGAUUGACCAAACCUCUAUAUCAACAAGUACAAUAAAUGGAGCGUCAUAUUUAACAUUUAAUCUACGAAUAUCCAGACGUCCCGGAAAUGUUCUCAUCAAUUACGCCUUACCGGUUCUGAUAUUGUGUAUUUUAAGCAGUCUUUCAUACCUGAUGCCAGCAGAAUCGGGAGAAAGAAUUGCCUACUCGGUUGUUACCUUCUUAUCUCUGGUUAUUUAUAUUACAAUGAUAGCUGAUAACAUUCCACGUUCGUCAAGUCCAAUCACAAUUUUGAGCAUCUAUCUGACAUUAAUGUUAGUUAUGAGCUCACUAUCGAUGGCCAUGGCGACCUUGACCUUGAGAGUAUAUUCUCAAGAAGAGGCUACAGCCAUUCCAGUUUGGCUUAAACAUGUUACAGCCUUCCUUAAAUGCCAGAAGGGUAAAAAUUGUUGUUCUAAAAAGAAACGAAAGAGUAAAAUAGGUGAUAGUUCUGAUGAAUGGGGAGAUGACGAGUUUGAUAAAGAUGACGACGAUGAGAGUGUGACAGAAGAAUACACAGACUGGGAUGAGAUGCAAUGGCAAGAUGUAGGAGGUGUUUUAGACUGGACAUUUUUCCUUUUGUUCCUGAUUAUGACAAUUGUUGUGGCCAUUUUCUUUUAUUUUCCAUUAGCUUUUGCAGAAACCUAAAAUGUUGUCUUCUAUAUAUUUGAAUACACUUCAUCAGUGAUAAAUUGGUGAUAUUUUGUUGACUUCUUGGUAGAAACCAUUAAGACUGAUUGAAGUCAGUCAUUUGAUCUCAUUGGCAAUCAUAACACAUCAAAUGACGGUAUAGGUGUACAGACAAUUUCGAGCUCUAAAUCAUUUCUUGUGAGAAAAAAAAAUAAACAAAAAUAUUGAACUUCAAGGCAAAUUCAAAAAUUUGAAGUUCAUAAACAUUGACGAACUCAAACUCUAUCAA